AUGGCUCCGGACAAGAACCGACGGGAGAGCCGCCUCGUGUCGGCGGCCGCGUUUGUGCGCAAGCGGCUGCCGUUCGGAAUGGGCAUGGCGCUCUCGCUGCUCUAUAUGGGCUUUGCGGGCGUCGUCGCCGUCACGACGUAUACGCUCACGUCGAUCGCCAACCAGCCGGUCUUCACGGGGCUCAUCGUCCAGGCCUUUGACUACAACCGGUUUGACGUGCCCGUGACGACGCUUCUUCAAGGCGCGAGCGUCGUGGUGUCGAGUCCAUCGACGCUCUCGAGCACGGAGGCGACGUGGUCCGUGAGUGACCUCCACUACAAGGAGUGCGGCGUCAACGACGCAGCGUGCGCCAAUGCGUUCGUGGCCCAAACCAACAUGGUGUGGAGCACGAUCGGCCACGCGUUGGAGCAGAUUCCGGCCUUUGACGAGCCGAUUUUUCAAGACAGAAACCAACUCAUCAAGUUCAAGCACAUCAACAACCUCAGUGGGUUCAACAAACCGUCGGUGCAGUUUUACAUCGAUGGGCACGCCAAGGCCGUCACGUGUCUCGUCCGGCGCGCGAAAAUCACGUACGUCGACGUGGCGAAUCUCAAGCCCGCGAUCGACUGCCUCGCGUACUGCUCCGUGAGCGCGUAUGACCCCAAGUGGAUGUGCGAGAACGAAGUGUCGAUGGAGACCAACACGUAUGCAAUCCAGAUGCGCAACGGACGCGCUGUGUAUCUCGGCGUCGCCAAGCGCAGUCACCUUGUGACGGUCGCGACGACCGACGAGUACCAAUCGGGCAUUCUCCAAGCCAAUGCGCCGUGGGACAUUGUGCCGGCGUCGCAGUGCGGCACCUACAACUUUGCGACCAACCUUGGGUGGCUCCUCCAGAUCCAGGGCGCCGUCACGAUGAUCUGGCAGUGCGACUCGCUCAUGCUCACGAACGCGAUCGUGCUCUUCUUCGUCGCGCUCGCCAUGUGCCUCAUGCAAGCGGUCUUCCUGCGCCACUCGCGCGUCUGCUACGUGCCCGUGUACCUUUCCAAGAACGUGCUGGGGCUCGUGAUUUUGUUUGUGGCGUACUAUGGCAACGCCAACCUCCAGACGCUGACCACGUAUCUGAUUCUGAACCCUGCGGACGCGAUUCCCGCGCGAUGGUACAUCCUCUGCGGGCCCGCGCAAAUGGCGUCGAUCGUUGGCAUCAUGACGGGCACGUUGAUUCAAAUCUGGUUCAACCCACGCGUCGUGACCCAGACGUGGCUCGUGCUCUUCUUCAGCGUCGCCAACUGGAUCAUCGUGUUUUAUCUGGAAGGCUUUGUGUACCCGUACCAGAACAGUAUGGUGGCCAAUCCGUGCGGCCUCGCAACGUCGACCAACUGCUUCCUUUUCGACGCGAUUCCGCGUACGUACUACCAGUCGGCGAUCAUCGCUGGGGGCGUCGUCGUCUUCGCCAUCCUCGUCAUCUGCGCGCACUCGCGCCUCUGGUCGGGCUCCCACGAGCUUCUGCCUACCAGCUCCGUACUCCAGUACUUGAAUAUCUCGAACGUGCACGAUCUGGCGACCUCGACGCACGGCUGCGUGGGCCUCUCGGCCAAGGGCACGCCGGCCCUCGACGCUGGCGUCCUCAUCAUCAAGAACAUGCUGCGAGUCUCCAACACCCACAUGACGCGCACGAGCAACGUCCAGUACGAGCUCAUCUACCGUUUGAUCCCGACAACCUUUCUCAAGCGACUCUACAGCUCGACCGUCGGGUCCAUGCUCGUCUUUGACAUGGAGAACCAGACGAUCACGCGCCGGUCGAGCUACAAAUUUCUGCACGAAAUGGACAUUGGACACAUGGACAAUGUCACGGGGUUUCUUGAUUAA